CGUGCGGGAGCGCGCCCGGGCGUGCGCAGGGCGGCGGCGCGGGCGCGGUGGCGCGCGGUGACCGUUGGCGCUGAGGGGAGGAGGCAGCGCGGCCGCCGCCGUUGCGCAGAUCCGGGCCGCGGCUGUGGGGAGGGCGCCGGGGCCGGUGACCUUCCGGAGGCGGGAGCGAGCCAGGGGGCCCGGGACGCCGAGCGCCGCCGCCAUGAACAACUCGGGCGCUGACGAGAUCGGGAAGCUCUUCGUGGGCGGUCUUGACUGGAGCACCACCCAAGAGACUCUACGCAGCUACUUUUCCCAAUAUGGAGAAGUUGUAGACUGUGUGAUCAUGAAAGAUAAAACCACCAACCAGUCUCGAGGCUUUGGGUUUGUCAAAUUUAAAGACCCAAACUGUGUGGGGACGGUGCUGGCCAGCAGACCACACACACUGGACGGCCGAAACAUCGACCCAAAGCCAUGCACACCUCGGGGGAUGCAGCCGGAGAGGACACGGCCGAAGGAAGGAUGGAAAGGACCCAGGAGCGAUAACAGUAAAUCAAAUAAGAUAUUUGUCGGUGGGAUCCCUCACAAUUGCGGUGAGACAGAGCUCAGGGAAUACUUCAAGAAAUUCGGAGUGGUCACAGAAGUGGUCAUGAUCUACGACGCAGAGAAACAGAGGCCUCGAGGUUUUGGAUUUAUUACUUUCGAGGACGAACAAUCAGUGGACCAGGCUGUCAACAUGCAUUUUCACGACAUCAUGGGCAAAAAAGUGGAAGUUAAACGGGCCGAGCCACGCGACAGCAAAAGCCAAGCGCCGGGACAGCCAGGUGCCAGCCAGUGGGGCAGCCGGGUCGUGCCCAGUGCUGCUAAUGGCUGGGCAGGCCAGCCCCCACCCACGUGGCAGCAAGGAUACGGCCCACAAGGAAUGUGGGUACCAGCCGGACAGGCAAUCGGUGGCUAUGGACCGCCCCCUGCGGGAAGAGGAGCCCCCCCACCGCCGCCACCGUUCACCUCUUACAUUGUGUCCACCCCUCCCGGAGGCUUCCCCCCUCCUCAGGGCUUCCCACAGGGCUACGGUGCCCCUCCACAGUUCAGCUUUGGCUACGGGCCCCCGCCUCCACCGCCGGAUCAGUUUGCCCCACCUGGGGUCCCUCCUCCACCUGCUACUCCAGGGGCAGCACCUCUGGCCUUCCCACCGCCUCCAUCUCAGGCCGCCCCCGACAUGAGCAAGCCCCCGACGGCCCAGCCAGACUUCCCCUACAGCCAGUACGGUGAGUGGCUGUAACUCUCGCCCACGCUGGAGACCUGUGUUCGAGGCCUGGGGCCGGGGAUCUGGCCCCGCCACCUCCCGCCUUCCUCCCUGCCAGCGUCUGUGACGGAGGCCCGCUCUGCUGGGGCUUGUCAGGGAGGGUCCGGCAAAAUGCAAAGAAGGAUUUUGGUUUCCUGGGGUUUUGCUAGGGAGCUGUCUGAGAAACGCAUCGCGUGAGCGGCAGGCGUCCCAGGGCCUGUGGGUUGGGGAGCCUGUGGCUGUGACCGGGCCCCCAGGAGGAUGGUGUGCGAGGGCUCAGUGGGGCGCCCCCAGCAGGUGCUGUUCCUUGGUGGUCUCAUUUUCCAAGUGCAGAGUGCAGGGAGGGCACCUGUUGGCCACGUGGGCUCGUGGCUCUGGUCUGUGGCGGGCGCUGGCAUGGGCGUCACCAUGCUUCACCGGAGGGGCUGGUCGUGGACUAGGUGCCUCUGAGCCUGGGGUCUACUAGGUGGUGGCCCGUGGCCUGCGUGGGAGGGGCUCGUGAGGACGGGGUUGGGCCCCGUGUCCUGGGUAGAGCAGGCCUCCAUCCUGGGGCCUCCUACCACCUCUGCGGGGCCAUGCAGGCGGGCUGCCUGUCUUCUGGGGCUUCCGGGGCUCCUGGGGCUCUUGUGGGAGCCAUGGCUUCGGCCCACGUCUCCUCGCCUGGGGCUCUGCUACUCCCACGUGGUUGUUCACACUGCGUUUCGCCCAAGACUUCAGUGUCUAUGCGUGAGGCUGUUCUUGCCCUCGAUUGCCGUUCUCGGCCGGCUGCUCCCAGUAGCCUGGCAUCGCAGCAGCUUGGCCCCUUGGCGCCGUGCCACGCCACGGUCCCUGAGUGCGUGGGUUGUCACCCCCCCACCCCCACCCCAGCAGAACA